UGUUUGCUCCUCAGUCCCCAGCCUGCCCUGCCUGCGACCAGAGCCAGCUGCCUGCCACCCCACAAAGGCUCACUCACACCCCCGUGCCCUCCCGCGUCCCGGGCCCGGGGGCCGCGAUGGCCUGCCGCUCCUGCGUCGUUGGCUUCAGCAGCCUUAGCAGCUGUGAGGUGACCCCUGCGGGCGGCCCCCGGCCUGGGACCUCGGGAUGGGGCAGCUGCGGGACCCCCGGGCCGGGCUUCAGCUCCCGCAGCUUCACAGGCUGCGAGGCACCUGGUACCAUCCCCAAGGUAACCGUGAACCCCAGCCUGCUGGUGCCCCUGGACCUCAAAGUGGACCCAGCCAUCCAGCAGCAGAAGAACCAGGAGAAGGAGGAGAUGAAGGUCCUCAAUGAUAAAUUUGCCUCCCUGAUUGGCAAGGUGCAGGCCCUCGAGCAGCGCAACCAGCUGCUGGAGACCCGCUGGCGCUUCCUGCAAGGCCAGGACUCCGGCACCUUUGACCUCGGGCACCUCUAUGAGGAGUACCAGGGCCGGCUGCAGGAGGAGCUGCUCAAAGUGAGCCAGGAGCGGGGACAGCUGGAGGCCAACCUGCUGCAGGUGCUCCAGAAGGUCGAGGAGUUUCGAAUCAGGUAG